CGCCUUCUUCCAAACUCUCGCCAUCUCCCUCUUUCUCACACGCCUUCUUCCUAUUUCUCUCUCAACCGUCGGAACUUGCCUUGCAUCAGCCUGUCUCACCCACGCCCACCACCGCCCGACCUGUCUCGCCGCUCUUCCACCGCCCGCCCUGCCUCACCUGCACAGCUAAGAAGCUGACAGUGAAAAGUGAGGUGAAAAACGGCGUGAAAAUGGUGAAGGAAGAAGCUAAAGAACACAUUGGAACCUUGAAAAAACUUCAAGAGAAGGAUCCUGAAUUCUAUGAAUUUUUGAAAGAACAUGACAAGGAGCUUUUGGAUUUCGAUGAAGAGGAUUUGGACGAUAAUAUUCAAACUGAUGCAGAAGAUGAAGAUGAUGAAGAGGAAGUUGAUGACGACGUUGCGGAGUAUAGUGAUCCUGAAUCUGCAAUGGAGGAAGAGCCUUCGACAAAUGUGAUAACUAGUGCAAUGGUUGAUUCUUGGAUCGAAGCAAUCCGUUCCGAGUCAAAAUUAGCUGCUGUUCGCUCAAUUCUGAAAGCUUUCCGGAGUGCUUGCCAUUAUGGCGAUGAUAGUGGUGACGACCCUGCAGCAAAGUUUAGCACCAUGUCGAGCAGUGUUUUCAAUAAGAUAAUGCUGUUUGUCUUGAAUGGAAUGGAUGGGAUUCUUCGAGAUAUCUUGAAAUUCCCAUCCUCCGGGGGAAAGGACGAGAUGGUUAAGGAACUUAUGGCUACAAAGCGAUGGAAGAAAUACAAUCUUUUGGUGAAGUCGUAUCUUGGAAAUGCUCUGCAUACGUUGAACCAAAUGACCGAUAAUGAAAUGAUUGCAUUCAUGUUAAGGCGCCUGAGAUACUCGUCUGUAUUUUUGGCUGCUUUUCCUGCUCUUUUGAGGAAGUACAUUAAGGUUGCGCUUCAUUUCUGGGGUACUGGUAGUGGUGCACUGCCGGUUGUCUCCUUUUUGUUUCUUAGAGACUAUUGCACCCUCGGCUCUGACUGUCUGGAAGAUUGCAUCAAAGGAAUGUAUAAAGCCUAUGUCUUAAAUUGUCACUUUGUUAAUUCGACAAAAUUGCAGCAUAUCCAAUUUCUUGGUAAUUGCUUUGCUGAACUUCUUCGGGUGGACGUUCCAGCUGCGUAUCAGCAUGCUUUUGUUUACAUUCGGCAGUUAGUAAUGAUACUAAAGGAAGCACUCUUUUCUCCAACGAAAAAGAAAAAUAAGAGUAAAGGGAAGGAUGAGCCUUCCAAGAAAGAGAAGGGGAAAGAAGCACGUUCCAGUUCUUCAAAUAAGGAAAUUUUUCGAAAGGUUUAUCAGUGGAAGUUUAUAAAUUGCCUGGAGCUAUGGACUGGAGUUGUUUGUGCAUACAGCAACGAAGCUGAUUUGAAACCACUUGCAUAUCCGUUGACACAGAUCAUAACUGCGGUAGCUCGUUUAGUUCCCUCAGCUUGUUAUGUCCCACUUAGAUUGCGUUGUGUAAGAAUGCUCAACCGGAUCAGUGCAUCAACGGGUUCAUUUAUUCCUGUAUCUCUACUUCUGCUGGACUCGCUAGAGUUUAAAGAAUUGCGUAAACCUCCUACAGGGGGAGUAGGCAAAGCUGUUGAUUUUAACUCGAUACUAAAGGUUAGCAAAUCCACCUUGAAGACCCGGGCCUUUCAGGAGGCCUGUGUUUUCUCUGUGGUUGAGGAACUCACCGAGCAUCUUGCUCAGUGGAGUUACUCUAUUGCGUUCUUGGAAUUGUCUUUCAUUCCUGGUGUCCGGUUGCGAAACUUCACUAAGUCCACGAAGGUUGAUAGGUUUCGUAAAGAAAUUAGGCGCCUCACUCGCCAGAUUGAUGCGAAUUCCGAUUUUGUGAAUAAGAAGCGAACGACAGUUGCACUCUUGCCAAAUGACACUGUGGCAGAAUCUUUCCUUGAGGACCUGAAAAACUCAGGCACGAGCCCCCUGUCCCAGUAUGCUGCCACACUACGCCAGAGAGCCCAGGAAAGGAGCGGCGCUUUGACUGAAUCCAGUGUGCUCAUUGGAGAUGAAUCAUCCAAAUUCGGGAGCAAGAUAUCAAGUGACGAUGAUGAGCAUGAUGAUUCUGACAUGGAAGAAAAUGCCAGUGCUAUGCUCUCUGAUCACUAUUCCAAGCAACAGAAAAGUGUCAACAAGAAGAGUAGUACUACUAAGCACACAGAAGAUAUGGCUUUGGAUGAAGAUAUUGUUGAGGACUUGGUUCUAAGCUCUGAUGAAGAUGCUCUGUUGAGUGACAGUCCCGAUGAAGAUGACGAUGAUGAUGAGCCUGAAGAUAACCAGCAGGAACAGAGCAGCAGCAAGAAACGGAAGCAUGGUGUGGAUAUGCACAAAGGGAAGCAAAACGGUGGAAAUAGAAAGUCAAAGAAGAAGAGGAAGACACACGGGAGGAUUUUAGAUUUGAACUUUCUUGAACGAGCUGUGGAAAUAGUCUGAUAAAAAAGCAGCAGUACUCUCAAACAUCAUAGCAAGAACGAUGUAAGCGUCAACGCACUGUCACGGCCAACCGGUGUUGUCCGGUGACAGCCUCUUGGAGCUGGUGAUAUCCGCUGCGAUUGAGAAGCAGAGUUGCCUUAUAGCCUCCCGUUUCUCCUCCGCUCCUUGGAGAAUCGCCUCUUGCUUCCUCAAGCUCCAUGACUCUCGAGCGUAGAUCCUCCUCCACGCUAACAAUGAGGUGGACGUGCUGCAGAUGCAGCUCGUGCCAACAUGUCAUGCUUCACCUUCCACGCGUUGAGGUUUCUGUUGAGCACUUCGAUGCAGUUGUCUCUCUCUUCAGCAGCUCGAUCUGAGUUCCGAGCACGGCCUCUGCCUUGUCUUUGGCUGACUUCACUCGCCUCACAUCAUCUUCCAACUAUUAUCCUCCAAAUCGUCAUCCUCGUUUUCUUCGGCUUCGCUUUCCCUAUGUGUUAAGUGGGAGUGAUGGAGUCUACAGAUUUUAUAUCCUUGAUAUUUUAAAAAUUCCUGGUCCACAACGUUUAUGAUGCACAACAGCUUCAGCUGGACGUUGUGCUUACCAACAAACCAAUGUUUUUACUUACUACUAGUAUUCAGGUUAUUGGCUGGAGACUUGAAUUAUUUGACUUCGGUUGAUUUAUGUGAUAUGCAAUCAACACAUU